UAUGACAAACACUACAACAACAACAACAAUGAGCAAUUAUUUUUGAUUACAAAUGAUAGAAGUAUGUUCAUGAUGUUUGUGUGUUGCGAGUUUUUAUUGUGAUAUAUCAUGUUUUCACAUAUUGAAUAUAAAAGAUGAUUGAGUUUUGUACCAGAAGACGGAUGGUACUGGCCAUUCUUGUACUAUUUAGUUUAACAGUGGUAACUUUGAUUGUUGAAGGUAGAUGGUCAAACAAUCAUAAAAUAGCUGAAGUAAAUGCAGAAAAUGAAUCAAGCUGUGGAUCAGAGCCUGUGAAAGUAAUAGAGUCAUGUCAACAAUGCUCAACCCUUGAAAUAAAUGCAGGACAAGUUUACUGUUUAAAGACCGGUUACCGGGAACAGAUACAAUGUGGAAAGGGUAAACAUAAAGAAAAUGUUUUCAAGAGAAGUUGUAAAGUAGAUCCAUGGGUUGAGGAGAGGAAAUUCUGGAUCCUUGAACUGAUAACAUGUAUUGUUGGAAUAGGUACUUAUGGUAUAGUCCGCCACAGACAGGGUAUUCUUGAUCAACAGUUAAUGGAGAAGGUGAACAGACAAAUUGCUGCAUGAUGUGUUCAUGGAAACAUUGAUAUUUGUACGGCAUCAUUUUUGUGCUGGUGUAUGCAGUGUACAUUCUUAAGGAUGGAUGUGUCAUAAAGUGUGAAGUGAAUUUGAAUGUAUUCUUAACUUUGUGAUAUGUAUUUAGGGAAGAUUAUUUGAAAGAAUUGCUCCAUUUACAUUGUAUCAAAGCAACUUUUCCUAGGGUACGUUUUUAAUUUGUUGAAACAAAAUAUCCCUGUGAAUGUCAUCUCAGAUUCAGGGCUGGUAAAAUGGUAUUCAGUGUUUUAAUGAAAUAAGAGUAAGGUUUUAAAGUGGCAUUGCUCCAGAUGAAUAAAAAAAUUAAAUUCAGAAAUGUAAUGUGAUAUUAAGAAUUUUUAUUCACACUCUAUAUAAUGUCUAACAUUUUAUGUUUAAAAAUUUGACUGAAAUUACUUUU